GCCUGGGGAGGGACAUGAUCAAGCCGAUGGUUACGCCUCUGAGGAUUUUGUUCCGGGGUCGUCUUCUGGCCGGGAGAGAAAGAAAGGUACUCCCUGGACGGAAGAGGAACAUAGGAUGUUCUUACUUGGUCUACAGAAGCUUGGCAAAGGUGAUUGGCGUGGAAUCUCACGCAAUUAUGUUAUAUCAAGGACUCCUACUCAAGUGGCCAGCCAUGCUCAAAAAUAUUUCAUUAGGCAAUCCAAUGUUUCUCGGAGAAAAAGACGUUCAAGUCUGUUUGAUAUUGUUCCAGAUGAAUUAGUUGACACUCCAAUGACUUCAGAAGACUUGUUCGCUGUGAACCCUCCUCAGGCUGAAACACUCAUCAACAGUGAUCAUUUGCCUGCCCCUCCACCUUUGGCGGAAGAAAAUGAAUCAAUGGAGUCUACCAACUCUAAUGAUGGUGAACCAGCUCCUCCAAAUUCAGAAAGCUCACAGUACCCACUGGUGUAUCCUGCCUAUUUCUCACCAUUCAUUCCAUUUUCAUAUCCAUUUUGGCCGGGGUACAGCACAGAGCCAACUACAAAAGAGACGCAUGAAGUCCUAAAGCCAACAGCAGUACAUUCAAAGAGCCCAAUCAAUGUUGACGAGCUCGUUGGCAUGUCAAAACUAAGUCUGGGAGAGUCCAUUGGUGAUUCUGGCCCAUCCUCUCUUUCACUGAAGCUUCUUCAAGGGUCAUCUAGACAGUCAGCUUUCCAUGCAAAUCCUGCAUCAAGCAGUUCAAGCAUGAAUGCAAGCAGCAGCGCCAUCCAUGCAGUUUAGUAGGGGCAGCUCUUCUUGAGCAUAGGUUAGCACAGGGUUUGUUAUGUCUACAUGUUGUUGUUAAUAGAAGACUAAUAAUGUGCAGUUUGCUGGGUUAUUUUCAUAUAUCUUACCUGCGAUAAACUGAAUAAGGUUGUUUUCCGCUUUCAACUCUAUUUCAGAUCUUAGCUUGUUAGGUACUAGCUUCUUGUGAGAAAUUAUUUGAAUCUUUGACUGUUUGUGUUCAUGGUCAAUCAUAUUAUUGUUAUGGUCUUCAUAAAUUGCAUCUUCCUUC